UUCACGGUGACGUUCGUUAAUGAAUGCUGUGGUGCCGACCGUCAAUGGGCAUUCCAUCAUAGCGUGAGUAACCACACCGUUGGUGUCAGAACCAAGGGAGCACGAGAUUAUUUGACGUCUCUCUGUCACGAGACCACUUAUUCGCGGCAAACUCCUCCUUAAAAACGUCCAUACGUGCACACAUACGUAUACACAUACGAGCUGAAAAAUGAAUGCAUUGAAGCCAGAAUCGAUAAACCAGGCACCCGUCCACAUCCUCCCAUCUGACCCGCGAUGUGCAAAAAUCAGCCAGCCACCACCCAGGCUAAAACUAAGGCCCCUGGUCAAAGUGCAGCGGCCUGUUGGGCGGCAGUGAGCUCACUUUCUGCUUCACCUGCUCCACCGUGAUGUACGCCCUGUCGCCUCUCUCCACCCGCCCCAGGUGGUUGGCGGCACUGCAGAUGGCCUUGAGACCCGCCGUCGACACGUUGGUGUCGAUGCCCACCCCGAAGCGCUUCUCCCGGCCCGUGAUGGCCGACUUGAGCUGCACGAAGCAGAUGGCCGCCGCGCUGCUGCCCUUGCCCACGGCCUCCUGGUGGUAGGCCGUCACCUCAUAGGCCCUCUCACCGCCCACAUGGCCGUUGAGGGCGUCGAUGAAGGCGCUGAUGGGCCCGUUGCCGCGGCCCGUCACUGUCACGGCCCGGCCGUUGUGCAUGACCUCCGCCGUGAUCUCCAGGUCGCUGCUGGCUGCUGUGUGUCGGGAGAGGGCCUUGUCGCCGUUGACGUGACCCGCACCCACGCCGUUGUGGACGCCGUUGGCCGCCGGUGCGUUGACGGUGCGUGUGGGGAGCUGUGGGCUCUUCUUGAUGUGGGAUUGGCGUGUGAAGGAGUAGUCGAUGAGCUGGAAGAGGCCGUUGCCGCCGCUCUCCACUGGAUCGAGGUAGACAAGGUGAAAGACGGCGAAGAUCUCGGCGGGAGAGAUCUCGCGGGCCGUGCUGUCCGUCACCACCUGGAUCUCCCUCGAGAACUCCAUCUGAUCAAGGGACAGCAGAGAUCCAUCCUGUGUGUGUAUGUGUGUGUGUGUGUGUUGAUGUGCCGACCUGCAUGUCUCUGGGCAUGGCGACGCCGUAUUCCUUUUCCAUGAUGAAGGCGACGCCGCCCUUGCCCGACUGGCUGUUGAUGCGGACGAUGGCUUCGUAUGACCUGCCGAUGUCCUUGGGGUCGAUGGGAAGGUACGGCACCGCCCACACAGGGGCCGACUGGCGGCUCAUCUCUGUCAUGCCCUUCUUGAUCGCAUCCUGGUGAGAUCCUGAUCAACGACACAGAGGGAGUGAUGCGUUGCGGGUGUGUGGUUUUGUUGUGUGUCGGCGUACCUGAGAAUGCGGUGUAGACGAGUGCGCCUGCCCAGGGCCAUCUCUCAGGCACGGCCAGCUCGUUGCAGUACUCGGCCACCUCUAUCGACCGCUGGAUGUCGGACAAAUCAACCUCGGGGUCGACGCCUUGGCUGCAUCGCAUCGCAUCGACCAGACCAGCACAUCACAUCACCCACACAUCAGGGCGUGCAGUCCUCACUGCCGGUGCUUCUACCUGAAGAGGUUCAUGGCUAGAGUGACGAGGCAGACGUUGCCGGUCCUCUCGCCGUUGCCGAACAGACAGCCCUCCACUCGGUCAGCCCCCGCCAUCAUCCCCAGCUCAGCCGCCGCAACCGCAGUGCCGCGGUCGUUGUGCGGGUGCAGCGACAACAGAAUCUUGGAACGAUCCUGACAACAGAGAUGGAAACAAGGAGAUCUCUGUCUCAUCGGCCGAUCCGAUUCAUGAUGCUGUCUGUCUGUCUGUGUGUCUUAGGCUGACCUUACUUACCUUGAAGUGCGUGUGCAUCCACUCGAUCUGGUCGGCGUACACGUUGGGGGAUGCCAUCUCGACGGUAGCAGGGAGGUUGAAGAUGAUGGGGUCCUCUUCUGUCGGCUCCCACGCCUCCAUCACCGCAUGGCACACAUCAAGGGCGAAGUCCAGCUCCGUGCCCGUGAACGACUCGGGCGAAUACUCCAGACGAACACGGGUGCCGUCUGAUGGGAGGAACGGCAGGGAGGGAGCACAAGUCCAUUGAAUGGAUGUGCUCACAACAGGAUUGCAUUUGGUUGGCCGAGACGACCGACCUGCUUGCAGCUGUUCCUUGGCGAGGCUUCGAAUGAGUGUGGUGCCCUCCACUGCCAGCUUCUUGAUGCCCUCACGGUCCAUCUGAUGGAUAGGAUACACACACAUCGCAGCUGCAGCAGUGGUUCUCUGCUGCUGAUGCUGAUGCUGGUGCUGGUGCGGUUGCAUUCCUGCCUUGAACACGACUUCCCGCUGCAGUGUGGACGUCGAGUUGUAGAUGUGAAUCAGACAACGCUUGCUGCCCUUCACAGCCUACACACACACAUACACACACAAGAGCCCAUUGUCCAACACACAGGAAACACGCCCCCUCCCCCGUGACCCACCUCGAUGGUCCUGCGUAUGAGGUGUUCUCUGGCUUGCACGAGGACCGACACCCACACGUCAUCAGGUACGAGGCCCUCGUCGAUGAUGCGGCGGCAGAAGUCGAAGUCGAUUUGCGAUGCCGAGGGGAAGCCCACCUCGAUCUCCUUGUAGCCCAUCUUGACCAGGUGCAGAAAAAACUUCAUCUUCUUCUCCAUCGACAUCGGGUUGAUCAAUGCCUAAACUCGACAAACACACACAAACACACAAAUGCACACGAGAGAAACGAUGACUUGGUGCGUGUCAUGCGCCCCCCAGAUGCGACGCCUUCUGUCUGUCUGCCCUGUCCACCUGGUUGCCAUCCCUGAGGUCGACGGAGCACCAUCUGGGCGCCCGACUGAUGGUCUGCUCUGGCCACGUCCGCCUGGUCCACUUGUCGUCGAACGGGACAGCUGGGAAGGGGCGGUACUUGUCGGUCGGCAUGGACGACCUGCUGUUGAAGGGAGCCGCAUCGCGGGGCAGCGGGCGGGUGCACGCCAUGUGUCCUCUGUCUGUCAGGCUAGAUCUGGCAGAAAAAUUGACAGAGCGAAGAUGACACACAACAGGGCUGCUGCAGGGGGAAGGCACAGCACUCGCGAGCGAUGGGGAAAGGUGCAAGCUCACGUUUGUGAGCUGAGCGCGCAGCCGCCCUCGCCUUGACGACGCAGCUGUCUGACGACGAGGGCCCUGUGGAAGCUCCCUCAGGGCGUCGACCGGGAGAAUCUCAAGUUGUGACCUUCGAUAAGGC